UAAAAACCUGUCUAGUUUUGAGGACAGUUUAAAAAGCUGCCUGCUGACGCGUGUUAAUUGGCAAUGAAGGAAAACUGGCCGCUUCAACACGCACUGUAAUUUCCUAUUUGAUACGAAUCUCUAAUUAGAUUUUAAAUUGCUCUAUUAAACUGCAUCCUGAGUACGAUGGGUAUAAAAGCCCUGCGCUGCAUGGUUGAAUCACAUCAAAAUCUACUUGGAACCACAACCAACCAGAGGGAUGAAAGUGCUGUUUUACCUCGUUUUGGCUCUUUUUGCCACCACUGCGGUGGAAAGUGUAGCACGAAGAAGACUUGUCACUCAUUCGGCACUGCCUCCAAUUUCCGCAGCACCGGUGGAAAAACAGAUAUUUGGAUCAGCCACUGUGUCCACCACUUUUCCUUGGCCAGCGUCUAUCACAAUCAACAAACCAUUGCCACCUUUUUUAACAACCCUGUGCAGCGGUGCUCUUCUCAGUCCUUUUUAUUUGCUGACGUCAGCUCUGUGCGCCCUACCCCAAGCUAACUUGACCGUAUUUCUUGGGCCUGUGGACCCAACCUCUCCUUCAGUACUGCCCAAUACCAUGUCCUUCGGAGUGCCGGCGGGAAACUCAAUUCCCUUUCCAGGCUUCAACGCUUCCAAUUUGUUGAACAACAUCGGUCUGAUUAAGCUGCCUUUUCCUGCACCGGUUCCACCUUUUAAUUUGAAACCCAACCCAUUUAUUGGAACUUUUGGUCUACCAUCACCAAUCGAUCUUUUGAGUAACCUAGCAGGACCGACGAGUUAUUUGAACGGAUGGACCCAGAAUGUUUUAAACAGUGGCAUUAACAAUCUCCUGAACUGGACAUCACCACAAUCGAUCCUUCCAAAUGUUGACUGCAAGUUGUACUACGCGACGUCGACUUUCGAUAUCGCAAAAGAAAACAUCUGCUUUGUUAACAACGUAACUGGAACCCUCGCCAAUUCGUUGCAGAUGAACAGUGGUUCACCCCUUAUCACGUUGAGCAAAAUUACUGGCGCAUAUGUUCUUCGAGCGAUUGGCUCCUUGGCGUCAGACGGCACUGGACCUUUGAUUUUUACAAAAAUUGACUCCUUCCUGCCUUGGAUUAUUUCUCAAAUUACCCUUCCUUAAUUUUUUCAGCACGUUUUUGAAAAUGAUUUUAAGUUUCGACCCAAUAUUUGAAUAAAAUAGUGUUAUCAUGCAGCAUAA